GCUUUUAUAUUUUCUGAUCAACGACGUCGUCGGCGCAUCCAUGGACGCCGCCGUUGCGGAGCUUGAAUGGCGGGUGAUGGAGACCUUGAAGGCCUCCGAGGAGCGCGGUGACCCGCCGCUGGUUCGCGCAAUUGAGGCUGGACGCUGCGUCGGAGUUACUGCGGGGCCGAGUACGGAGUUAGGACAAGUACUCGUCUCCCUCUUAUGUUUCAGAAACAAUACUCCGUCUCUGUGGAAGCUUCUCGACCAAGCCAUCCACGCCCGCCUGCUUUCGCCUCUGCAUAUCCUUGCGCUCCUCACAUCAAGGGUGAUUCCGCAUCGCCGGGCGCAGCCGGAGGCUUACAGGCUUUACUUGGAGCUACUUGGUCGAUAUGGCGUGUCGUUAUCUUUGGAGGAAUUUGGUUCUCGGAGAGAUAAGAUAACAAAAUCUAUUGACGAAGCUCUACUACUUUCUCAUUCGUAUGGCAUUGAUAAACUAGAUUUUGGGCAGGCCGUGAGUUUCUUUCUUUUAUCAGUCAUCACAAAUUUGAUGGAUAGCAUACUAGAAGACUUGGGUAUCAAGUUUUUAUCUGUAGAGAGACCUACAAAUUUGUAUGCUAAUGAACCUUACCGAGAUUUGGACAUAGAUUCUAAAAGAAACAUGAAUGAUAAGAUGCAAGAACAUCGUGAACAGCUUCGUAAGACUAAUAUACUAAUGGCACUAGAAGUAGUGGAGAAAAUUACAGCAGACAAGAAGAACAAGGUUUUCUUUCGGCUCAUUCAUUUGAACAUGCCUAUGAAGUUCAACAGCCUUAUGGAGAGACUUCAGUUAAUUGAAGUUCACAGGUCAACUUCACAGAGCUUGAUUUCAAUUAAUCAUGUUCUUGUUAGAUUAGUUUCAAACAUUCGGGAAGUUGUGAACGGGGAAUACAAAUUAAAUAGACACCAAGUACUUGGCCUUCUAAUUGAUUCUAAAUUUGGUGGUCCUACUUCUUACUAUUAUGGGCUGGGAACUAAUCGGUCCAAUUCCUGGAUCUCAUUUGAUUUGCUUAUGGAAAAUGCUAUGGAUGGAAAGCAUCUUCAUGCUAUUUCUGUUGUUGAAAUACUUACAGAUAUGACAAAAACAUUGCAAAUGGUCAACCAAGCUUGUUGGCAAGAAACUUUCAUGGCUCUUUGGAUUUCUGCUCUAAGGCUUGUAGAACGAGACCGUGAACCUUGGGAAGGACCUAUACCUCACCUUGAUGCUCGGUUGUGCAUGCUUUUAUCCAUUGUUCCGUUGGUAAUUGUUUCUAUUGUGAAAGAAGAACUUGAUACAGCUUUUGAUAAAAGUAAUUAUGAACAGAGUAUAUUAAUAAACAAGCCAACUUCUAGAAGAAAUGGAUUGGUUUCCUCCCUUCAGCUAUUAAUGCAGUAUACCCGGCUUCUAUCUCCUCCUCCAUCGGUUACUAAUGCUGCAAAUAAUGCCGCUGCAAAAGCAGCAAAAUUUAUAGCACAUUUUAAGAAUGAGAGCAGUUGUAUUGGUUCCAGUAAUAAAAAAGGCGCAUCUCCUAAAGCAGUAGGAAGCAUGAUCCACCUCAUAGUUGAAGCAUGUAUUGCUAGGAAGUUGAUUGAUACUUCUGCUUACUUUUGGCCUGGUUAUGUAGUUCAAUCUGCUACAACAAAAAACUUUAUGUCAACUGAAGAAUCUCCCUGGUCUGCCUUCAUGGGGGGCGCUCAGCUAACUCGUUCACUUAGAAAUGCUCUAAUGACAACACCUGCUUCAAGUGUUGGGGAGCUUGAAAAGUUGUAUUACACUGCAAUAACUGGAUCUGAAGAAGAGAAAUCUGCUGCAGCAAAGAUUUUAUGUGGUGCAUCCCUUAUCCGUGGAUGGAAUAUUCAGGAGCAUGCUGUACACAUGGUGGUUAAGCUCCUGACAACUCCGAUACCUGGCGUGUCAGGACCUGAAAUCUGCAGCCAUUUGAUAGGGCACAUGCCCAUGCUAAGUGCUAUUCUUUUUGGAGCUUGCUCCGUUGAGGCAAUUCAUAUCAUAUCUUUAUAUGGACUGGUUCCAGAAGUAGCAGCUGCUUUGAUGCCACUCUGUGAGGCAUUUGGAUCAGUUCCACCUCAGCCCAAUCAUAGGCCAAGCGCAUUUGAUGAAACAUCAGUUUACUCUGUAUUCUCGUGUGCUUUUCUUUUUCUUCUGCGCUUAUGGAAGUUUUAUAAGCCCCCUCAGGAGCACCGAAUAGCAGGUCGUGGUGGAACAGUCAGGCUGGAGGUAACUUUGGAUUAUCUUAUGCUGCUACGUAAUCAUCGCAUUGCAGUAAAAAAUUCCAUUGAUAAGGAUAAAGGCAAUAACUCUGCUGCAUCACCUGGUCAACCUGUUUAUAUUGACUCAUUUCCGAAGUUAGGAACUUGGUACCUACAAAAUAAAGCCUGCAUUGCAUCUACUCUCUCUGGACUUUGUAGUAAAAGUCCAGUGCAUCUGGUAGCCAAUAAGAUAUUGAACAUGAUAUGUAGUAAAAUGAGUAAUGGAAGAAACAUUGCUGGUAACCCUUCAUCAACAUCUGGUAGCAGCAUAAGUGAAUCGCCAGUAAGUGCUGCUGAAGAUGCUUAUCAGAGACCGUUGCUUCCUGCUUGGGAUAUUCUAGAAGCUGUUCCUUUUGUUCUUGAAGCAGUUUUGACUGCAUGUGCCAAUGGAAGGCUUUCAUCUAGGGACCUAGUUACAGGCCUGCGGGAUCUUGCGGAUUUCCUGCCAGCUUCUCUUGCAACAAUAGUGAGUUAUUUCUCGGCAGAAAUUACUCGGGGCAUUUGGGAGCCUGUUGCAAUGAAUGGCGAUGAUUGGCCCAGUCCUGCGACAAACCUUCUCUUGGUUGAAUCUGAGAUCAGGGAAAUUCUUGCUUCUGUUGGGGUUACUCUUCCAAAAUGCUAUGGCGGUGGUAAAGUGCCAAUGCUUCCUUUGCCCAUGGCUGCACUUGUCAGCUUGACUAUAACAUUCAAGCUGGACAAGAGCUUGGAGUACAUCCAUGCAGUGGUCGGCCAGGCACUUGAAAACAGCUCUGCUGGGAGUCCAUGGCCUACCAUGCCCAUCAUUGGUGCUCUGUGGGCACAGAAGGUUCGGAGAUGGCAUGACUUCAUAGUCCUUACAGCUACUCGCUCACCCUUCACCCGUGACAAAGAGGCUGUUGCUCAGCUCAUUCGCAGCUGCUUCUCCUCCUUCCUCGGCAAUGGCGCCAGCCAAUGUGGCGCCAUUGGUCUCCUAGGCCAGUCCAUUUCCAUCCAAGGCCUCAGAUUGCCAUUAGCUCCUGGCUUCCUCUAUCUCCGCUCGUGCCGAUCCUUUCAUGACACCCACUUUGUGAAUAAUGUCAUCCUGAAGCUUGUCAUUGAGUGGACCAAUGAGCUGGUGGUUAAUCAAUCCUGCACUGAACCAUCUGCCCGUCUGUUAUCUGGAAAGUCAUCCUUUGCCGCCGCAGCAUUGGCAGUGAGGAGCGUGGCAACGCUCGGAACAUCUCUGCUUUGUGUUGCAGGUGGCCCUUUGUUAGUCCAAGUCCUGUAUGAGGAGACAUUGCCGGCGGCACUGCUUUCAUGGGAGUUCAGCCAGGCAACUGGACCUGCUGCAGCCAAAAUCCGGCUACUCGAGGGAUAUGCAAUGGCCUACAUGCUUGUGCUUUCUGGAGCAUUCAUUUGGGGCUUAAGAAAGACAUUUCCAGGCUGCUCUUCCUUCUCAUCGAGCCAUUCGAGGGCGGUGGGAAUGCACAUGGAGUUUGUUGCUGGAGUGUUGGAAGGGGAAGUAUCAGUAGGGUGUGAUCCAGUUACUUGGAGAACAUAUGUGUCUUGCCUUUUGGGAUUACUGGUUCGGUUUGUGCCUUCAUGGAUUCCAGAAAUAAGGAAAGGAACGUUGAGGAAGCUGGCUGCAGGUUUGAGGCGUUGGAAUGAGUGGGAGCUUGCUCUUGCAUUGCUUGAGCGAGCAGGCCCAGCUUCAAUGGAGUUGGUAAUGGAGUCUAUUCUGUGAUAUAGAUAUAACAGAAAAAACUUAUUCUUUUUCUUCAUAUGGUGAGGAAAGUGCAAUCCAUUCAGGUCUGUAUCAACCAGACUGGUUUAGAGAUUGCUGGUCAGACAUUAAAGAAAGCUGUACAGAAAAUCAAAUUUUUUGCAAAGCAAUGAAGAUUAGUAAUUUGAUCCUUUGAUUAUGGUCCCUCUUUGGGUAUUUCGUAGCUGUUCUGUGAGUAUUUGGCUGCUCAUGAGCUUGGGUAAUUAACCAGACGCAUGUAAAGUUCAAUGUUUAGGAGUUCUUAACCUUUUGCUUGGAAGAUUGUUAAGGCUAUAUUUGUAAAAUUACUCUUAAGUAUGAUGCAAAUAAUUAUUUUCACU